UGUAUCCCCACCCACAUUUUACAGGGAGGCUACUUAAAAUCUGUCCAAAGAAAUUUUGUGAAAGGUGUUAAAUCUCUUUGUAAUCAGCUUCAAUUCUGUGGUAUGCGGUACCAUCUACAAGAUGUCUGGAUUUAGCCAUUUACUCCUGAGCUUUUGUAUUCUAGGUUACAUUUUCUGCAGUUCUAAUGCUUGGAAUGUUAAGAUGCAAAGGAAUAUCAAAGGAUUGGUGGGUUCCUGCCUUGUCAUCCCUUGCAGUUUUGACUACUAUCAGCAUCCACCUCCCAACCCCAAUCGUGUGGUUUGGUACCAGUAUGUGAGCAAUGGUUAUCCUUUGGUUUAUGACAACCGGCAUCCAAAUUCUGUCAUUGACAUAUUUAAAGGAAAAACAUCUAGAGUAUAUAUUGAUACAUAUGGCAAGCAAUGCAGUCUAAAAAUCUACCCAGUUCAAUGGUCCCACCACAGACAGAAGAUUUACCCCUGGGUAGAUCCAGAGAAUGUUGGGAGAGGCACCUAUCGAUUCUUUGAUACAACUGUAACAAUUGAAGUCUCAGACAGGGCAGCGAAACCGAAUAUUAGAAUCUCUGGAGAGAUGAAAGUUGGACAGUCUGUGACAGUGCAAUGCACUGUUUAUCACACUUGCCCCACUAAUCCACCCACUCUGAGUCUCAACAUCCCACGGCAACACCACAGUGUAAUUCAUAGUGUAAUUUCUGGUACCACUUUCAAAACUACCUUGACAGAUACAAUGGAAAUAGUGAGAGACCUCCAAACUGUGGAGUGCUCUGUCCGGCACACUGGUGGUAUCACUGCAAGAGCCUCUAAAACCUUAAAUGCAGAAUGCUCCUUUUUUCCUUUGACUAUCCAAUCGCCAUCUGAUGAAUUUCUUGAGGGAGAGGCAAGGAAGGUGACCUGCAUGGUCUCAUACACAUGUGCAAAAGAUUUGCCAAGCCUCACAUGGAACUACGGUAGUAUGCCAGCUUCAACUGAUAUCAAGAAAAGUGCAAAUACUCGUUUUACUGCUGUCUCCACACUGACAUUCACAGCAUCAGCUAACGACAAUGGAAGGUCUCUGACGUGCUAUGCACAAUUCAAUGAUGGUCAGAGGCUGGAAGCGAGCAGGACUCUACGUGUAAAGAGACAUAUGCUCUCUCGUGGUUGGUCCUUCACCACCCCUGGAAGCAUCAGAGGCAUGAGAGGCUCAUGUAUCAUCAUUCCUUGCAGAUUCAAUUACAGUAUUGCCCAACCUGCUGACCUCCAAGUUAUAUGGUACUUGUUCCAGAGCAAUGGAUACUCACCUAUAUAUGACAAAAGACAGACUGUUAUUAGUAAAUUUACAGGAAUAACCAGCUUGACUGGAUCUGCGCUGGAGUGGAAUUGUAGUCUUAAGAUUGAGAAACUGAAGAUGUCACACAACCUGGACAGACUUUUCCCUUGGAUAGACAAGAACCCUAUUACCUCCUACCACACCCAGGAGAACACAUUUUAUGACAAAACCACUCAACUUAUUAUUUCUGAACAUGCACAGGAACCACAGCUUAGCCUCACUAUUGUUCCCAGAGUAGGGGAGAAGAGCCGAGUGUCUUGCAAUGUGCGCCAUACAUGUAUCUCUGGGCCCCCCACUCUGACCAUAAGUGGUAUAAAUGGAAAUGACCACACUAUGGACACUCUGGUAUCUGAAGGGAUUUGGGAAAGGAAAGUAGAGCGAACUUGGCCUGUCAAAGAGGAGGACCAGACUGUGAAGUGUACUGUAAGCUAUCAUGGUGGUCAGACAGCUACAAGUGAACUCAGGCUGAAUGCUGAAUGCCCAUAUGAAGAAAUCAAAAUGAGUGAAUGGCCAGGAGAAGUAAUGGAAGGUGUGGCAAAGAGCGUAAUUUGUUCACUGUCCUACGUGUGCAAGAAAAAAAGACCAACUAUCGUGUGGAACUACAAAAACAUGCCUAGUUCCUUUUUCAUCGAAACAAUCAGCAACAAUAAAUAUAAAGCAGUAUCAAAUUUAACCUUUAUUGGCUCUCUUGAGGAUGAUGGUAAUUCUUUGAAUUGCACCGCUCACUUUGUCACUGGUGAGACCUCAGACUCUGCAACCAUUCACGUAAGAAGAUACGAGGAACCAGUCGAAGUAUUAGAUUCGCAGGAAACCGACAGUGGUUGUACGUCUUUAUGCCCUCAAAAAUCAUCUUGCUGCCAUGUUAUCUCACAAGUGAAUUGAUUUCUGGCAAGCUGGCAAAAUGCGAGGAAAUCCAGGACGUCAUUCUGGGACAGAUUUUCAAGACGCCAACACAACACUGCAGAUCUCAGUGUCGGCUAUUUAAACAAUACCACCAUGGUGAACCAGUCCAAACCACGCUUUCCAUCCCCGAAGCAUAACCAGAGACCUCCUCGCUCUGUCUGGCCUGAGGAUUGCGUAUACGGCAACAUCUGAGUUCUUGGUCAUGUUCUUGUCAUGGAAAGAUCACGUGCUCCCAGAACCAUGCUCCUAUUCAUACAUGUGUUGUGUAGUGCAUUUAUGUUUGUGAUGAAAAAUAUGGAUUAGCUGGUGCUUAACUGAAUUUGUGCAUCUUUUAAAUAAACACAAUAAUUUU